UGCAGGUCUCGCGGCAGGCUAGCUGCUCGGUCGCCUCCUCCGGCCCCAUGGCAGCCCCGGGCUCCCCAACCGAAUGCGGCUACAUCCGGACAGUCCUGGGCCAGCAGAUCCUGGGGCAGCUGGACAGCUCCAGCUUGGCCCUGCCCUCCGAGGCCAAGCUGAAGCUGGCGGGGAGCAGCGGCCGCAGCGGCCAGGCGGCCAAGAGCCUGCGGAUCCAGGAGCAGGUGCAGCAGACCCUGGCCCGGAAGGGCCGCGGCUUCGUGGGCAACGGAAAUCUUCACCGAACCAGCAGCGUUCCUGAGUAUGUCUACAACCUCCACUUGGUUGAAAAUGAUUUUUUUGGCGGGCGUUCCCCUGUUACUAAAACCUAUGACAUGCUUAAGACAGGCACAACCGCCGCUUAUGAAGGUCGUUGGGGGAGAGGAACGGUGCAGUACAGUUCACAGAAGUCAAUGGAAGAAAGAUCCUUGAGGCAGCCUCUGAGGAGACUUGAGAUUUCUCCAGACAGCAGCCCUGAGAGGGUGCAUUACUCACACAAUGAUUACCAGUACAACCAAAGAAGCCAGGCCGGGCACACUCUGCAGCACCAAGAGAGCAGGAGAUCCACCCUCCUUAUGCCUCCAAGAUAUGCUCGCUCAGAAAUUGUGGAUUUCAACCACUCUGGGGCUGUGAGCAGACAGCGCCACUAUGACACUUACCAUAGACGGUACCAGUACGGGUCUGUUAACGAUUCUGUUUUUGACGGUGCCCCUGUCAACCCAGUGGUGUUCACAUACCCCAGGCCUGGGACCAGUCACAGCAUGGGCAACCUCUUAGAGAAAGAGAACUACCUGACUUCAGGGCCUGCUGCUGGGCAGGUGAGGCCGCUGGUGCCCCUGCAGCCCAUCACUCAGAACAGGGCCAAUCGGUCCUCCUGGCAUCAGAGCUCCUUCCACAGCACCCGCACGCUGAGGGAAGCCGGGCCCAGUGUCACUGUGGAUUCAGGCGGGAGGAGGACGCACAUGACCGUUGGCCAAGUGGCAGCAGGAGGAAGUGGGAACGUGUUCGCGGAGAGAAGCACUUUCACUGACUCCCAGCUUGGGAAUGCAGACACGGAGAUGACUCUGGAGCGAGCAGUGAGUAUGCUCGAUGCAGACCACACACUGCUGUCCAGGAUUUCUGCUGCGGCUACUUUCAUACAGCAUGAGUGCUUCCAGAAAUCUGAAGCACGGAAAAGGGUUAAUCAGCUUCGUGGCAUCCCCAAGCUUCUCCAGCUCCUAAAAGUUCAGAAUGAAGAUGUUCAGCGAGCUGUGUGUGGGGCCUUGAGAAAUUUGGUAUUUGAAGACAAUGACAACAAGUUGGAGGUAGCUGAACUCAGCGGGGUACCUCGGCUGCUCCAAGUUCUAAAGCAAACAAGAGACUUGGAGACUAAAAAGCAAAUAACAGGUUUGCUGUGGAAUUUGUCCUCUAAUGACAAACUGAAGAAUCUCAUGAUAAGGGAAGCCUUGCUUAUCCUGACUGAGAAUAUCAUUAUCCCCUUUUCGGGGUGGCCAGAAGGGGACUACCCCAAAGCGAAUGGUUUGCUUGAUUUUGAUAUAUUCUACAACGUCACAGGAUGCCUAAGAAACAUGAGUUCGGCAGGCCCUGACGGGAGGAAAGUGAUGAGAAGGUGUGAUGGACUGAUUGACUCCCUGGUCCAUUAUGUCAGAGGAACCAUUGCUGAUUACCAGCCAGAUGACAAGGCCACAGAGAACUGUGUGUGCAUUCUUCAUAACCUCUCCUACCAGCUGGAGGCAGAGCUCCCAGAGAGAUACACCCAGAGUAUCUAUAUUCAAAACCGGAAUAUCCAGACUGACAACAACAAAAGUAUUGGGUGUUUUGGCAGUCGAAGCAGGAAAGUAAAAGAGCAAUACCAGGACGUGCCAAUGCCAGAGGAAAAGAGCAACCCCAAGGGCGUGGAGUGGCUGUGGCAUUCCAUCGUGAUACGGAUGUAUUUGUCCUUGAUCGCCAAGAGUGUCCGAAACUACACUCAGGAAGCAUCCUUGGGGGCUCUCCAGAAUCUCACGGCAGGAAGUGGACCAAUGCCGACGUCCGUGGCUCAGACAGUUGUCCAGAAGGAGAAUGGCCUUCAGCACAUCCGGAAGAUGCUGCACGUUGGCGAUCCCAGUGUGAAGAAGACUGCCGUCUCCCUGCUGAGGAAUCUGUCUCGGAAUCUUUCACUGCAGAAUGAAAUUGCCAGAGAAACUCUACCUGAUUUGGUUUCCAUAAUUCCCGACACAGCGCCGAGUACUGAUCUUCUAAUUGAAACUACAGCCUCUGCCUGUUACACGUUGAACAAUAUCAUCCAGAAUAGUUACCAGAAUGCUCGGGAUCUUCUAAACACCGGGGGCCUGCAGAAAAUUAUGACCAUCAGCUCAGGCGAUGCCUGUGCUUCCAGCAAAGCAAGUAAAGCUGCCUCUGUUCUCCUGUAUUCUCUGUGGACGCACACAGAGCUCCAUAAUGCCUAUAAGAAGGCUCAGUUUAAGAAGACAGAUUUUGUCAACAACCGGACUACCAAAGCCUACCACUCCCUUAAAGACUGAGGAAAGUGGAGAAGCGCCCUCAGAAAUGUCAGCCUCACCAUUGUCAGCCACAAAAAAGCCCCAAAGGAAAGCACCUAUUUUUCUACUUCCCAGCCCAAGAAACCUCAAAAAAGCAUGCCCUGUUUCUAUCCUUUUCUAUUUCCAUGGUCCCCAAAAUCCAGAAAACAAAUAAUCAGAGUAUAAUUUUAUUGUCUUCCAGAAGACUUUUGCAAGCUUGCCACCAGUAGAUACUGUCGGCAGGCUUAAUUCUACCCUCUAUAAAUAGUGGUCUUUGUGAUCAGGGCUUAUGGUACACGGCCUCCUGGAACCAAAAUGUGAAUUUAUGUGGAAUGGACAUUAACAGAAUAAAUAAGGAAGGAAGCUGUUGUAUUACUAGGAUUUUAAAAGUUUGAUUUACAUUUUUGUUCCUUUAUCUGGUUUCCAUGUUUUGUCACUCAUGCACGUCGCUUCACCAUUGAGCCACAAGUGUGUUGGUCUGCAGUGUUGAAACAGAAUGGAAACGACGAGAAGUAUUUGCAGUUAUCCAGGAGAAAAUUUAAUGGCAAAAUUAUAUGUUUGUUUACUUUGUGCUUGUUUCUAUCCUCUUGAAUUUUUUCUCUGAUUUUAAAUGAACUUAUGAAAUUUAGAUCACAGAGCAUGCAUGACUGUAAGAAAAAGAAAUUGAAAGGAAGUGAUCAUAGCAAACUUAAAAAUCUUUUCCACAGAGAAAGGCAACUGUGGUUAUGAAAUUCAAUGUUUCCUCUAAACACUAAGUAAACGCAAGUUUUGCUCAAGGAAAUACAUUACCUGUAACACCACCAUGAAAUGAAAAUCUCUUCUGAACGGUAGCAUUCAGUGUAAUCUAUUUCCCGGACUUUUUCAGCCACUACAAUGGGCUGGUGAGAGAAUGGACUCUACUCUUUGGCUACAAAAGGAACCAAGGCCUCUCAAACUGCUGGGCCAGCCCAGGGCACUGAAGACACAGCUCAUUUUAAUGAAUUAUGUUAUCAACCAGCCCACCUUUGCUCAACAUUUAAAAAAUAGCACAGAGCCACUAACUCUCAUGUGAUCUUCCUCAAGCCAUUAUUUUAAGUCAAGAAAACUCUGUAGAAGAAAAACGAAGAAAUUAUGUUGAGGAGAAAAUGUGUCUAGACCACUCAGAAAUGAUAUGAGAAAUACUAAUAUUUAAAAGUUGACAGCAUCAUCUAUUGAAGCGAAUCUAUAUUAAGUGUUAUAUUAAUUAGGCAGUGAUUAAUACCAUUCAUAUAGAAUUAGUCUUCUCAACUACAAUUAUGUUAUAUUUUGCUUUUCUAAAAAAUCUGACAAUGUUUGUUAUAAGAAAGUAAGAAGAAAAAAAAUCCUUCAGCUCCUUUUGGCCAGAAAAGUGUAAUAGAAAAUAAAUUCCCAUUUUCAAUUUGAA